AUGGGGAAGCUUUAUCGUAUCUCUAGAGAUAACCGAUCUGCUAUUGCAUGCUAUAAAGAUUGUUUGAGGUUAGAUGUGCAUGCUUUUGGUGUGAGUUCUUUUGGUCUUGGUGAUUUCUUUCAUAUUUCAGCUUAUUUUUUCAAGGGUUUACAAAUGGAGGACAUUGAUGAAGAGAUGUUAAUGAGGAUGGCUUCUAAUGCUAUUAUCUCCGCGGUGAUUUGUGUGUUUGCUUAUUUGAUGAGGAUACGUAGUAGAAGAAAAUCAAUCACUUAUCAACCUACAUUGCACAAUAGAGAGAAGAUAGGAAAAUAUUAUUUGUGUGAUGCGGGCUACACUACUAUGCAUGGCUUUAUCUCCCCAUAUCGAGGAGUACGGUAUCAUCUAAAUGAGCACAAGGGUAGGCCAAUUAAUAAUAGACAAGAGUUGUUCAAUUUAAGACACUCAUCCCUAAGGUCUAAAAUUGAAUCAACUUUUGGUGUAUUGAAAAAUCGUUUCAAAAUCCUAUCCGCGAAGUCGCAUUACCCUUUUCCAACUCAAGUUGAUAUAGUUAUUGCAUGUACUAUACUUCAUAACUACAUCGCCAUAGAAGACCCGGGCGAUGAGUUGUUGCAUGAGGACAACCAUAUUGAAGAGGAUAGAGAUGAAGUAGCAAAUGAAGGUGAAGAGGGUGUUGUUGACUUUACUCAAACUAUGGCACAAAGAGAGGAAGGAGAUCCAAAAUAUGAAUGGAGAGCAAAGAGGGAUCAAAUUGCAAUUGAAAUGUGGGAAAAUUAUUGUGAUAAAUAUCAUGGUGGAGACACAACCGAGAUUGGGAUGUAA